UGAAUCCUCAGCUGAGACCUUUACACUACAUGGACGUGAACACCUCAGAGAUGGUGACCUGUGAAGUGACUGGGGUUUUUCCAGCCGAAGAGGCCCAGUUUGAAAUGAUUUUUGCUGAGGAGAGAUUGAACCUCAGUGUGACUGUGCGGGGGGAUGUGGCACGGGCCCAGGCUCAGGUCUCGUCCUCCGUAGCGGGAAGCCACACCCUGAAAUGCACAGUUUCUCUGGGGCCAGUGACCAAAACGGCAAAGGAGAAAGUAAAUGUGUACUACUAUACAGGGAUCAUUGUGGCCAUUGUCUCGAUAACCACGCUAGCUAUCACACUGUUGGGAAUCUGCGUCUAUUCCAGCUGUACCAGGAAAUAGCAGAGCGAAUCAAGCCACAGUGAGUUGGAAAAGCUUCGUACAGUGACUCAGAUGAGGAAUCUGCAAAACACUUUGCAGGUGGGAAAAU